CCGGCUCUUCGGCACCGCUGAAAUAGCGCAGGGUUUGGCCGGGCUGUUGCAGGAGCAGAGAGGGUUUUCUUCUGCCCGCGCUCCGGAGUCUUGAUGUUUUGGAAGGAUGCAUGGCUCCCCUGAUGCUGUCCUCCUACUCCGGCUGGGUCCUGGACAGAGUGGUUGGGCACUCAGCCCAAGAAACGGCUCCCUCCAGAAGUUCAACACCCAAAGAAUCCACUCCCCGUACGGACCGGUCUUCUCUUGAGAAGGCCCUUUCUCCUGCCAGCCAGCAAGGCCUUUCACCGCUUUCCUCUGCAGUGCCAAGUGCCAUAAAGGGAAACGAAGAUCUCGGUCUGCUGGAAAUGGAUCAAGAAGUCUUUCCAACCAUUCUGCCAUCUAAAGUUACAGAAGUCGAAGGCUAUAUUCGGAUAUAUGAAGAGAUGCACAGGUUGAAAGGAAAGGAGGAGCUAAGGCAACGUCAGGAGCAGCAAGAGCAGAUGGUGAGAGCAGUGUACGACCUGGCAAGGGAAAAACUGAAGCGCUUUGAUGAAUUGAAGGAGCUAAAGCAGCAUCAGGAAUUCCAAGAUCUGCAGGAAGUAAUGGAGAAGAGCUCCAGAGAAGCCCAGGGGCAGCAAGAGAAGCUGAAAGAAGAACAUCGACACAGAGCAAAGGUAUUAAACCUAAAACUACGCGAGGCAGAGCAGCAGAGGCAGCGUCAGGAGGAGCUGGAGCGUUUGCGUAAGGAAGAGGGCCAGGAGAGACUGCGGCGCCUUUAUUCUAUCCAGGAGGAGGUGCUACAGCUUAACCAGCAGAUUGAUCCCAAUUAUAGACACAAGGACCUGCCAAGAAUCGAUCUUUCUGUGUACAGUAAUCGUGGCAACCAGAUCUGUGGGCUGGUGUCAGGACUCAUCCGCACCACUAGUGAGAGAGGCUUCCCUACUCAAGGAGAUGUGGCCAAUACUGAAAGAGCACUGCAGGAAAUGCGAGGGUUGAUAUCCAGCAUGCAGCAAGAAAUUGCUGCUGCUGUGGAAGAGAAAAGGAGGAAAGAUGAAGAGGAGGAGAAAGAGAAGCAGAAAGAGUUACUGAAAAAAGAGCAGAUGACGGCUCAGACUGCUGUCCCUGCACAGCAUUCGGGGGGGAAACAGCAGAGGGAAGGACUUCAAGUUAAAGCAGAAGAAAGUACCAUGCAGUGGUACCAGCAGCUUCAAGAUGCUGCUGACCAGUGCAUUGCUUCCUUCAGUGCUAUCAGCAACUGCAAAGACAACAAUGAGGUGAAGAAGAUUAAAAUGGACUUGCAGAAAGCAGCCACAAUCCCUGUGAGCCAGAUCUCUAGUAUAGCAGGUUCUCAGCUAAGAGAGAUAUUUGACAAGAUCAAUAACCUGCUCUCUGGAAAGUCUGUCCAGAGUGGAGGGCGAACUGUAUCAGUGACUCAGCAUCCACAGGGUCUGGAUUUUGUUUACUACAAGCUUGCAGAGAAAUUUGUGAAUCAAGGAGAAGAAGAAGUAGCUUCUCACCAUGAGGCAGCUUUCCCAAUUGCUGUGGUGGCUUCAGGAAUCUGGGAAAUACACCCUCGAGUUGGAGACCUCAUUUUAGCUCAUCUCCACAAAAAGUGCCCCUACUCUGUUCCAUUUUACCCUGCGUUCAAAGAUGGGACUUCUUUGGAAGAGUAUCAGAGGAUGCUUGGAUAUCAAGUUAAGGAUUCUAAGAUAGAACAGCAGGAUAAUUUCCUUAAACGGAUGUCAGGAAUGAUUCGUCUUUAUGCUGCUAUCAUUCAGCUCCGAUGGCCUUAUGGAAACAGACAAGGGGCCCAUCCUCAUGGGCUGAACCAUGGAUGGCGCUGGCUUGCUCAGAUGUUGAAUAUGGAGCCUCUGGCAGAUGUGACAGCUACACUUCUCUUUGAUUUUCUGGAGGUGUGUGGCAAUGCCCUCAUGAAACAGUAUCAGGUCCAGUUCUGGAAAAUGAUGUUGCUUAUCCGAGAAGACUAUUUCCCAAGGAUUGAAGCAAUUACUAGCUCUGGACAGAUGGGCUCUUUAAUGCGUUUCAAGCAAUUCUUGGAGGUAAUGCAAUUUCUUCAGUCUUCCAAGCUUCCCCCCCACCCCGCCUUUCGAAAUGUCUACAGCAGAAGGAAAUUCCGUUACCAAAGGGCUCUCUGCAUCCUUCCUUUUGGCGGUCGUAAAUCAGUUCAUCUUUCUUCCUCCCUGGAUGUCAGCACUUUCAGACCUGGCUUCCUGUUUACGUGUAGGGGCAAAAUAAAAUUAUGUGUAUUUAGAGGGAAGGUGAGAGUAUAUUCAAUCAAUGUUUAUUUCAUCAAGUUUUAAUGUUGGGCAGAACAUCAGUAACUCUUUAAUUUGUUGAAAAUAAGUGGAGGGUAUCCUUUGCUUUGGAUUUUGUACAGUAGAUUAUGGAAAACAAAAGUUUUUUUUCCUUCAUACAUUUAAACGUGCAGAAGAUACUUUAAAUAGAGUAUUAUGAUUGCCAUCUCUGGGCCUCAGAGUUUAAAGACUCUCUUGGAUUGAAAUUUUGCUCAGUGCUCUUCAGUUUAUGGAAGUGGAAAUACCUCAAGGCCUUAUGAAAUCUUAACAUAGUAGUCAGUCUCAGAAACUUACUGGUAAAACUUUAUUUUUGUAUCUAAUAUGUCUAGUUUUUAUAACUCAGUUUUAAUUAUGUUGGCAUACUGCGCGGAAGUAUAUGUUGCAACAUCUUUAAGCUGUUUGGCCUGGCAGUGUUGACUUUCACCUCUAUUGAAUGUAACUUUGCUCCAAGAGACAGUAUAUUUAAAUUAAGAGAGCUAGACUCAUUGUUUUGAAAAGCUUUGCAA